CUUCUUAUCACAACAUGCAGGAUGUUCUUAUCACCUUCGCUCUUUGUUUGCUGCUCUUGGCGGCCGAGCAGCCGACUGGAACUAAGGAGACAUCUGCCCUCGGUGCUUCCUGCUCUCAGUCCUCCUGCCGUGCACUUGCACUUGCUGCAAGUCUGCUUGCUGUUUGUUAGGGAUGAAGAAUAGUUGGAAUUGUUGCGGGUGCAGGAUUGUGUUGGACUUAGUUGAUCAGGACUCCAGCGAGCAGACCACCACAACAGCAGACGGAACAUGAACCAUGACCAACCACGGUCCAGGAUCAAGCUCCGCCCCUCGGUGGCAGCAGUGACGUCUCCCAGGGAGGGAGUGGGCCUCCUCCUGGCAUGUGCCAGUAGAACCAUGCAGCUGCUCUACAUCGGCCUGGAGCUGCUCAUCGCCUGCUUGGCCGUGGCGGGAAACCUGCUGGUGUGCUGCUCCGUCUGCCUCAACUCCAACCUGCAGAGCAUCACCAACUUCUUCGUAGUGUCGCUGGCCGCCGCCGACAUCGCCGUGGGGCUGCUGGCCAUUCCCUUCGCCAUCACCAUCAGCACAGGAUUUUGUGCCGACUUCCACGGAUGUCUCUUCAUCGCCUGCUUCGUCCUUGUGCUGACCCAGAGCUCCAUCUUCAGCCUGCUGGCCAUCGCUGUGGACCGAUACAUCGCCAUCAGGAACCCGCUCAGGUACAACAGCCUGGUGACGGGUCAAAGGGCAAAGGUCAUCAUCGCCUUGUGUUGGCUCCUCUCAGUCGCCAUCGGCCUCACGCCGAUGCUGGGCUGGAACAAAGGAUGGAACUCCUCCAGGGGGGCCUCUACCACUUGUCCCGAGGGCUUGACGGAGUGCUUGUUUGAGGGCGUGGUCACCCUGGACUACAUGAUCUACUUCAACUUCUUCGGCUGCGUGCUCCUGCCGCUGGCCGUCAUGCUGGUGGUCUACGCCCACAUCUUCAUGGCGGCACGGCGCCAGCUGCGGCUGACGGGCCUCAAGAAGGUGUCGCCGGCGCCUUCCCUGAGAGCGACCGUGUCGUCGUCCCGCUCCACGCUGCACAAGGAGGUGCACGCCGCCAAGUCGCUGGCCAUCAUCGUGGGCCUGUUCGCCGUGUGCUGGCUACCGCUGCACGUCAUCAACUGCUUCAACCACCUGUGCCCCGACUGCGCCCGCCCGCACAUCUGGGUGAUGAACAUCGCCAUCAUCAUGUCGCACGCCAACUCCGUGGUCAACCCCUUCAUCUACGCCUACCGCAUCAGGGAGUUUCGCCAGACCUUCCGCAGGAUUCUCCACCGCCACCUUUUGGGCCGCGGGAACGGCGGUGCCGACACGCGGAGCAGCGGCGUCAGGAGGACGUCCUCGCGCCUCGCCGGAGAAGACUCGUUCUGCCGCACCGUCACCCAGGCUUACGUCACGGACGCCAGCCGCUGGGCGUCGACUGUCAACGGGAAGCCUGCGGCGGCUGCGCAGCAGCAAUGCACCGUGGGACAGGGGGCGGAGUCUAUCACGUACGUGGAGGGAGGCGUGGACGUGAGGGACGACAGCAGCUGUAUCGCUUUUGUCAACGUCCCGGCUCUUUCCGCCAUACAGACGGAAUUAAUGUGACAUCCAAAUAAUACUACUCUGGGGGUAACUGUCCAAGGUCAAAGGUCAAAGGAUGAAUUGGGACCCCCAAAAAGAAAAAAUAGAAACUACACACAACCUUUUAUUCUUCUCAACUGACACAAAAGUGUAAGAAGUUCACCGCUCACAGUGUGGCAGAAAAACUAAGAAACUCAAGCGUAAUAAGAAGUUCUCUAGAAAAGUUCCAUUUGUGUCUUGAUCAAAAAAAAAGUUUUUUUCAAAACUGGAUUUAUGUGACUGAACCUUUUUGUCUUUGAACUAUUUAUUUUUGUUAAAUUUUAGUGUUUUAAAUUUGGCUUUGUAAAAAUCCAAUGUUUAAAAAAUUCAGUGUAAAAAAAAAAAAUGGGUGUAAAAAAUGUGUUUAAAUACACAGUGUAAUAAUGCAGUGUAAAAAAAAAAAGUGUAAAAGUGUUUAAAAAAUUCAGUGUGUAAAAAUUGUUUGUGUGUAAAAAAUUAAGUGAAAAAUAAUCGUGUGUACAAAAAAAUCUGUGUAAAAAAUGUUUAAAUAUUCAGUAUGUAAAAAUCCAGUGCAAAAACAUUUGGUGUGUAAUAGUUCAAUGUAAGAAAAUAAAAUCAUUGUAAAAAAUGUGUUUGAAAAUUCAUUGUAAAAAAAAUAUUCAGUGUAAAAAAAAAAAAAAGUGUAAAAAAUGUGUUUGAAAAUUCAUUGUAAAAAAAAUAUUCAGUGUAAAAAAAAAAAUGUGUAAAAAAUGUGUUUGAAAAUUCAGUGUAAAAAUUCAAUGGAAAAAACGUUUGGUGUGUAAAAAUAAUGUUUGUGUAAGAAAAUUACUGUAAAACUCGAGUGUGUGUAAAAAUUCAGUGUAAACUAAGCUUUACAAUUAUUUUCUUACAGAUUUUUUUAACAAUUGAGUGUGUAAAAAUUCAGCGUAAACUAAAUGUUUAAAAAAAUCAGUGAAAAAAUGUUUAAAAAUUCAGUGUCUACAAAUUCAAUGUAAAACAUGAGUGUGUAAAAUUAAGUGGAAAGAAAAUCAGUGUAAAAAAUGUGUUUAAAUAUUUAGUGUGUAAAAAUCCAUUGCAAAAAUUGAGUGUAAACACAUGUGUAAAAAAAAAUCAAUGUAAAACAUUGGCGUGGAAAAAUUAAGAGUAAAAAAAAAAAGUGUAAAAGAAAAUCAGUGUAAAAAAAUUUUUUUUUUAAUUCAGUGUGUAAAGAUUCAAUGUAAAACUUGAGUGUGUAAACAUUAAGUGUAAAGAAAAUCAGUGUAAAAUUGUUUUAAAUAUUCAGUAUGUAAAAAGAUG